AAAUAUUAUUGCAAAAAAUUGUUACAAUGAAUUAUCAGUCAAAGCGCGUAUUGCGUCAAAACUCUGUGUCUGUUGCCGCUGCCGAUAUGGCGACGCCAGUUGCGGGCACGCCUCAGGUACAAAUUAUGGAGGAAAACAAGUCUGUGCACGUAAUGCGGCAAGUAGUUCCGAUGCAAGGAGGGAACAUGCAACCGCAACAACAACAACAGCAGCAGCAAAUACAAGCCGUGCCUGUGGCAGCAGGCGCAUCCAGUGUAACCGCCAACCAGCAGAUUAUAGAUGAUGCACCUGUAUCACUAAUAACCGAGAUUGCGGAUAUUAUGCGUAGCUUUGGGGACAGUGAUCAUCCAUUAACUGCAAGUGUGAAGCUGGUGGAACAGAUAUUGCAGCAACAGCUGCGCGGUAUUUUCAAUGAAGCGUCACUAGUUGCAAUGCGCCGGAAACAGAAUCCCUGCCCCUCCCAGGCCGACUUUGAAUUUCUCAUGCGUAAUCAUGCUGUGAAGAUUGCGCGUAUGCGAAAGCACUUAAAGGACAUGCGCAUACUCAAGAGGUUUCUAAGCAUACGCACGGGCAGACCACAAGAUUUUAUAGACGAAACCGAUCAGCAGGAGGAGGACGAAGAGCUGGCCGUUGAAGUGCAAGAAUUGCAUGAUGAGGAUCGCAUGCGGCGUCUCUUUCGUGCCGAUCGCAUUUCACAGAUACUCACCGGUCAGCAGUACAUGGAGUUCAACGAGGCGCGCAAGACAUCCUUCUAUUGCCGCCAUGGCGAAAAAAUUAAGAACAAAUUCAGACGCUUUCUAGACUUGCCCGCCGAUUUGCGCAUUCCCACACCCACAAUGAAUAUUCUGGCAUAUUUAGCACAUGAAACCAUUGCGGCCAUAGUGGACUACUCCAUAUUAACAAGACUGAAUUCGUCCAAUCGUGUCACAGAGCCGUACAGUCGCGUCACCUCCGCCGGCGGCAGUCCAGCCAUGAUGCAUGUGUGCCCCGAGGUUACUCAGGGACGCGGCAUGGAGGUUGUUAAGCCCAUUAGCGUGCAGGAAAUUCACGAAGCCAUGCGACGCUUUCGACAAAUGAGCAGCCGCAAAAUUGGUCGUUACCGCAACUCCUGCGACAUCGACUUCCGACGCAGUUUUCUGGCCAUUUAGAUGACGUUUAGUUUACAUACUAGUUCUAGCUACAUAUAUGUAUUUGUAUGUAAUUGAUGAAAGUAGUUAUAAGCAUUGCUAAAUUGCAAAAAUACAUAUUUAUAUAAAAAUA